AUGGACGAAGAGACUCCGGGCUCCUCAUGCUUCAUGUCUGACCAUCCGGGUUUUUAUGGCACCAUUAAAAACUCAACCAGCGACUUUGUGGUGACUGAGAAAGACAUCAACGGACAAUUUGUAAAUAAACUGAACUCAGACAGAGACUGCGCCCUAAACGAUGAAUUACCUCAGUAUACAGUAAAAGGUGAUAAUCAUUGCAACUUCCACCCUGAUAAAUUAACAUCUAUAGAAGUCAGCUGUGAGAGUGGUGAAUCUGACAUUCAAAACCAGGAGUGUUUUGAUUUGAGUAUUAUCCUUGACCCCUCUGUUAAUGAGGCAUUAGAACAUUUCACUCGCAGAAUUCGAGCAGGCUCUAGUCCGAGAGAAGGUGAAAAGCCUGCCGCUGUUGAAUUAUCUCUUGGCAAAUUCCCAGACAAACACCAGCGUGCCAGUGUGCACAGAGCAGUAAGGCACAAUUUCCCCUUUCUGAUGACUUUGACCAAUCAAACCGAGAUUAUCGUGAAGGAGGACCCAGAUUUCAAAGAGCUGUCCAGCCUUGUAUCUGAGGAAGAGGCUGAGGACUUUUUCAGAUUUGUUGAUGCAAAAAAACCCAUUUCAGUGUUUACUUUCAUGCCUGAUGGCAGCAAGGAACACCGCACGGCAGUCCACCAUUUUCUGAGCCGGAGGUUUGGGAAAUUAGUGGAGACCAAGAGCUUCACAGAUCCACAGCACGGGACGGCUAUUACUGUGAGGUUAAGGGAACGUGGGAGGACAUCAAAGAAGAGAACUGCUUCAGACCUCCAGCAGGAAGAGGUCACUUAUACAGCUUUCACUCUGAGAAAAGAGAAUUUGGAAACUCUUGAGGCCAUCAGCUACAUGGCCACAGCUCUAGGAGUGCUACCUUCUGACUUCACUUAUGCAGGCAUCAAAGACAAGAGGGCCAUCACCUAUCAGUCAAUGGUGGUGAAGAAGGUCCCCCCUGAAAGGUUGACGGAGAAGGUUCCAGAAUUUGAGAGGAGGGGAAUUCAGCUCUCUCUCAUACGGCGUGUAUCUGAACCCCUCCAACUUGGGAGACUUGGGGGGAACCAUUUUGACAUUAUUAUUCGGGACCUUAGGCCCCAUGCCAAAGGUUCUCAAGCAGACCUAGAAAAGCUUGUGUCUGAGGCUGUGGAGAAUGUGAAGGUGAAUAAAAGAGUGCACUACUUAUAAAACCAUCUUACCAUGCAGGUUAGAGGCUUCGUAAAUUACUUUGGCCCACAGAGAUUUGGAAGUGGACAGAGUGUCCAGGCAGACCGAGUGGGGCUUGCUCUUCUGAAGGAAGAAAUGGUAAAUGCUGUCAGAUUGUUCUUUACACCAGAUUCAGGGGACGACCUGCAAAAUCAAGCAAAGCGUCACUUCCUCGACACAGAAAAUGCCAAGGAGAGCCUGGUGCUCAUGCCCGCUUACAAAGCCCGGGAGAGGCUGAUGUUGCGGGCGCUUCACCGAUAUGGGACUGGGCACGAGGGAAGCGCCCACGCCUGGCUCAGUCUGCCCCAUGGCAUGCGAAUCUUCUACCUCCAUGCCUACUGCAGUCGGGUGUGGAACGAAGCAGCCGAGGCCAGGCUCCUAAGGCUGUCUCACCGAGCAGUACAGGGAGACCUGGUCCUCAAGUCCAAGACAUCAGAGCAAACUGGUGAAGUUGGCGUACCGCAGAUCCAUGUUGUGUCUGCAGAGGAGGAGAGGGACAAUGUCUUCACACUCGGACAAGUGGUUCUUCCAAUGCCUGGCAAUAGUGUGAAGUACCCAGAGAAUGAACUGGGACAAUGGUACAAAGAGCGGCUGGCGGAGGACGGGCUGCAGUCCUGCCGUUUCCGAGUCACAGCCCUGAAGCUCAACGUCCCAGGCUGCUACCGCCCCCUGCUGGCCUUCCCCCACAACAUGACGUAUACAUUGCACGGCAGUAAUACUGCCCAGACAAGCGGCCAGCCACAGGACUCUGGAUUGCCAUAUGUGUCUUUGUCAUUCAACCUGGACGCAUCCUGUUAUGCCACUGUAUGUCUCAGAGAACUCAUGAAAAAAGAUCUGUAA